CCUUCGCUUCGCUUCGCUUCGCCAUGACGCCGAGCUAGUGGAGAAAAGAGAUGGAGUUGCAGAAGGGUAAGCUGACCCGUACGCCGUCGUCCCUCCUACGCUCCCCUACCGUCCGAUCCUCCAUCCACAGCCUCUCCUCCAUCGCCGACGAUGAGGAGGAGGAGAAGCCCCACCGCCCUCACCGCCAUCAGCCUCGCCAUCGCCACCACCUCCUUCACCUCCUCCUCCUCCCCCUCCCCUUCGCCCUCAUCUUUUUCCUCUUCCUCUACCUCCGCGAUGACUCCCCACUCUUCGCCAACGUCCUCCUCCUCUCCUCGCUCGUUACCGCCGCCUCCCUCGCCGCCCGUCGGUCCGCCCUCUUCCGCGGUGGCGCCACCGCUGCGGUCCGCCGGGCCUCAUCCGUCGACUGGUUCAUCGGAAGCGCCGAGAGGAAGGAAAGGAGGGCCGUCGGGCGGAUCGUCCGGGAGGGGGUCGAGUACUACAGCAAUGGGGACUACUAUGAGGGCGAGUUCCACAAGGGGCGGUGCAACGGCAGCGGCGUCUACUACUUCUUCGGCAAGGGGCGGUACGAGGGCGAUUGGAUCGACGGGAAGUACGAUGGCUACGGGAUCGAGAGCUGGGCAAGGGGGAGCCGGUACCGGGGGCAGUACCGGCAGGGUCUGCGUCAUGGGUUCGGGAUGUACAAGUUCUACAGCGGCGACAGCUACGCCGGCGAGUGGUUCAGCGGGCAGAGCCACGGGGUUGGGAUGCAGACGUGCUCCGACGGGAGUUGCUACUUUGGGGAGUUCAAGUGCGGCAUCAAGCACGGCCUCGGUUACUACCAUUUCAGGAAUGGUGACAAGUAUGCCGGCGAGUACUUUGGUGACAAGAUCCAUGGUUUUGGUGUGUAUCACUUUGCUAAUGGUCACUGCUAUGAAGGAUCAUGGCAUGAAGGCAAGAAGCAAGGUUUUGGGAUGUACACAUUUCGUACUGGGGACACAAGAUGCGGAGAUUGGGACUCUGGAGUUCUCAAGAGCCCUCUUCUUGCAUCAGAUCCUGCUGUUCAGCGUGCCUUUCAGGCGGCUCGGAAGUCUGCAGAAAAUGCUAUUCUGGUUCCGAGGAUGGAUCCACAAGUAAACAAAGCAGUCACAGCUGCCAAUAGAGCAGCCACCGCUGCUCGAGUUGCUGCAAUUAAAGCUGUACAGAAUCGGAUAAAUGGCAAGUUCUGCGAUACCGAUGUUUAAGUCCAGCAUUUGGUUCAAUUGUACAUUUAGCCACUAAACCAACCAAUCCCAGAGUUAACGACCGGGUCGGCAAAUGCUUCCUUGAGUUAGAUAAUAGGAGAUUGGCUGACAAUAUUGAUCUGAACUUCCAAGAAAAAGUUACGAUCUUCCUUGAAAUGUAAAGUGCAUAUAAAUCAACAUGUAUCUGAUUUGAGUAUGUGCUCCCCCAGCAAGUUCAGCAGCUCAUGUGCUUGUUGUUUUCA